GCUGGUUGUCACGUGACUCGGCCCCCGUGUUGUCGUCCUCCCCUGUCACGUGAUCCGCGCAGCCAUGGAGGAAUAUGCCCGGGAGCCCUGGUAACGGGGAGCGGGGGCUGCCGGGGGCUCAGCGGGGCAGGGAGGCGAGCGUGACCCGAGGCCCCGUUUUCCGGCCCCGGGAGCGGCGGUGGCGGGUGGGGGGCACGUCCGUCCCGCGCCCCUUCCUCUCCUGCACCGACGCAACAGCCCUGCGAGGUGGGGCCGGGUGAGCAGGGAAGCCAGCGGCUCCCGGUGUCUGAGGAAGGGCUUCCACCGGGGGCUCCGCGGCCCCAGCUAUGGACAGCUCAACAAGUGUUAGACGUUUCCCUUUUUUAAAGGGAAAUUCCCUUAUUCCGAAUAGGAUUCCUCGCAAGAAAAGGGAAAAGUUGACAGCUACGGUUAGACGUAUUUUUCUUACAAUUCCCUUAUGGGAUAUCUAGAGCUUGUCUCUCUCAGGAGAUCUUUACGGGUCGGGGAGAAAGCAGAAGGCAAGGAGAGUAGAUUGAAAGCAAAGCGGCUAGUCAGGCUGAUUACAGUCAUACCUCGGGUUGAAGUAGCUUCGUGAUGAAUGUUUAAUAAUUUAUUAUUUAUACCCCACCCAUCUGACUGGGCUUCCCCAGCCACUCUGGGCGACUUCCAACCAAAUAUUAAAUUAGUCUAUGUUCAACAUAAUUGGGUUGCUAUAAAGUCUCUUAGGGGACGCGGGGGGCGCUGUGGGUUAAACCACAGAGCCUAGGACUGGCCGAUCAGAAGGUCGGCGGUUCUAAUCCCUGCGACAGGGUGAGCUCCCGUUGCUCGGUCCCAGCUCCUGCCACCCUAGCAGUUCGAAAGCACAUCAAAGUGCAAGUAGAUAAAUAGGUACCAUUCUGGCGGGAAGGUAAACGGCGUUUGCGUGAGCUGCUCUGGUUUGCCAGAAGCGGCUUAGUCAUGCUGGCCACAUGGACUGUCUGUGGACAAACGCCGGCUCCCUCGGCCAAUAAAGCGAGAUGAGCGCCACAACCCCAGAGUUGGCCACGACUGGACCUAAUGGUCAGGGGUCCCUUUACCCUUACCUUUAAGGUCUCUUAAGAUUGCCUGCCCCCCAGCUGCUUAGCACCAUUUCUAAGUCAUCUCUUUCUCACUUUUGGGGGGCUUUCAGGGCCUCCACUAACUUCACUUCUCUUUCCAUUUGGCAGCCCCUGGCGAAUUGUAGAUGACUGUGGUGGCGCCUUCACCAUGGGGAUGAUUGGGGGAGGUGUCUUCCAGGCUGUCAAAGGCUUCCGCAAUGCUCCAGUGGUGAGUCCCAACCUUCUUUUCUCCUUCCCUUUCCUUCAAGCUGCAAGUGAGGGACAUGGAUGGGCUCAGAAGACACAGAUUCAUGAAGAACCCUGGCCGAGAUUGGCUCCUGUGGAUCCUAAAACAUUUCCCUACCUAUUCUUCCCCUUCCCCUCCCCUCUUUUUCUUUGUCUGCUUGUGAGUAGCCCGGCUUUUGUUUUCAAACUGGUUUCAAAAUAUUACAGUACGAUAAUCUUUAUUGUCAUUGUCCUAUACAGAACAACGAAAUUGAAAAAAUCUACAUCAGACAUUCAAAAACCAAUAAGCCUGCUAUCCCAGCUAUCCCAGUCUGGUUAGCCCCCUAAAAACUCUGAUACCCCAUAAUUAAAUACAAUAUACUCCCAUAGAGACUACCUUACACUGCGUUUAAAACCAAAAUCGCAUUUGGAUAGAAACUGUUUCUCAGGCAGCUAGUCCUAGUCUUUAUAACCCUGUACCUUCUUCCAGAAGGCAGAAGCUGAAAGAGAUCAUUAAAUAAAAAUAAAUAAAAAUUAUUAUUAUUAUUAUUAUUAUUAUUAUUAUCAUCAUCAUCAUUUCUGGGGUGCACACUAUCCUGCACUAUCUCUGCAGCUUUCUUAUGGCACCUGUGCUCUCUUCAUCAGGUCUUUGUUGUUUUCUCCCCAGGUUAGGUCAUCUCUCAACUCCAUUCCCAGAAAUCGAAACACCGAGACCUGUUCCACACACUUCCCCUCAAUAAUAAGUGGCUGAAUAUUUAAUUUACAUUUCCUAAAGUCCACAGUAAUCUUUUUUGUUUUCUUUAAGUUAAGGAGUAAGUUGUUUUUCCUGCACCACUCCCCCUAGCACACGUAUGGGGCUUUGAAGGCCAGUGAUCCUAUAAUGCACUUGCCUGAGAUGAUAAGCGAUCUAAUAUUUUUGGUUGCCAAUGAGAACCAGAAAUUUUAUGGCUAGUGAUCAUUUUGCUGUGCUGUUGAUUGGCUCUUCCAGCAUGCCAAUAAUUGCAGACUGGUUCUGCUGAGCACAAGUUAAUGUGGAUUGGCUGUCCUCAGAAGUGUGCUUCUUUAGUGGGAGUUGGUGAUUGCUGUGUUCUGUCUGCCAAGAAUGGGUAUCCCUAAAGAGCCAAUACAGAAUAGUGGUUCAUGGUUCAAUCCUUACUGGAAGUUUUGGGAUGCAACUCGGCAUAUAUUAAGGCUGAUGGGGUUUUGCAUUGGAGAAAUUAGAUUGAGAGAGGAAGCUUCAAACUUCCUAUAUUGUCUUUCUAACCUAUGCUGACCUCCCCUAAAUUGCUAGACUUGGACUUGGGGUUGCUGAUCUAAUUUUCUCUCCUCUCUAAAGCAGAGAGAGAGGAGAUAUCUUCCUUUAUUAUCUCUCUCUCUCUCCUGCAGAUAUCAAAGACUAGGAAUGGUUCUUUGCAUCUCUAACUGGGGUAGCUAGAACUAGGAACUAUUUACUGUGCAAUAUGUAUUUCCUAUAAUAAACUUAGUAUCCUUAUUUUCCGUACCAAGAGUCUUUGUGUGAUUGCAUCCAACAUAUUAAAACUGCUCAAACAACAAGUAUACAGCCAGCUUCCAAGCUGUGUGCUAAAUCUGUGAGGUCUCAUUCAACAAUCCUAAACUACAGAAGUGACUGCUGGAAGAGGUUAGCAUAUAUAUAUAUCUCCGCCUCCCCGCCUGAGCUGGUUUUAAGCUGGUGUAAGAUGAGUUGGUCACGACUGGACCUAAUGGUCAGGGAUCCCUUUACCUUUACCUUUAUGUCUACUUUUGGUAACCCAGGGGCUCCUUCAAAAUGCAGGGCCUACUAGCUAAGGUUUCUUAUAUGAUCUGGUCCCAAGCUCUGCAUUUUAUUUUUUUAUUUAUUUAGAUUUCUUACCUGCCUUUUACCACAAGGGUCCUAGGGUGAGUUACAACAACAAAAUAUACAAUUGUAAAACAAAGACAACGGAUACCACCAUUGAACAAGUGCAAGGAAUUAAAAACAACUCCAUAUAUAAGACCAAUACAAACAUUUAAAAACAAUCCUACCUAUAAUAACAGUUAGAAAUAUUUCCAGUACAGAUGCAGCCUGGGAUGAAGAUCUCCACUUAAAAGGCUUGUUGAAAGAGCAGGCACCAAAAAGACAGUGGAGAGGGCACCUGUCUAAUAUGAAAUCAGAGGGAAUUGUAUACAUAGGACCUUAGAUGUUACUACUAAGACCUUGAACGUGGCCUGGUAGCAGAUUGGCAGCCAGUACAGAUGCUACUGAAAAGGAGUUAUAUGCUGGAGUUGCCCCUACAAGCAGCCUAGCCAAUGUGUUCUAUGCUAGCUGCAGUUUCCAGAUUUGGACCCCAGAUAAAGUGCAUUGUAGUAAUCCAGCCUUGAGGUAACCAGUGUAUGGACAACUGUGGUUGAGCUAUCCUGAUCCAGGAAAACCGUAGCUGUCUUGCCAGGUGAAGCUGGUACAAAGCACUCCUAGCCACUGAGGACAGCAUUGCGCCCAGUGACAGAGAGCAAGAAGAGCACCCCAGAUUAGGCACCUGUUUGUUUUGGCCCAGAGCCUCCAUCUUGCCAGGAUUCAGACUCAGUUUAAUAAACUCAUGGAGCCAUGAGCUCAUCAAGCAGACACUGGGUGGGGAUGGAAUGGUUUACAGGCAACAGCCAUUUUAUGUGCGUUCAAUAUGUGUGUGACUGUGAACACACACAACACCCAGAAGUAUAGUGGUACCUUGGUUCUCAAACUUAAUCUGUCCCGGAAGUCCAUUCCAAAACCAAAGCGUUCCAGAACCAAGGUGUGCUUUCCCAUAGAAAGCAAUGCAAAACGGAUUAAUCUGUUCCAGACUUUUAAAAACAACCCCUAAAACAGCAAUUGAACAUGAAUUAUAUUAUCUAAUGAGACCAUUGAUCUAUAAAAUGAAAGCAAUAAUCAAUGUACUGCACCAUAAAAUAAAUAAGACAGUAUUGUAGAUGAUAAAAAUAAUAAUAAAAAAAUUCUUACCUGCACUAAUGAUAGUCAUUGUUUUGAUGGGGGGCUUUUAUCCAUUUCUGCAGUCACACAAUCAGUCAAUCAGUAGCUGAACUGGGUUCCACACAGUCGUAAAAACAAAUUAACUGAAAAAGCCUCAGAAACAAAAACGCAAAAUAAAUAGCAAAAACAAAAGAGCCCAACUUAAUCCGUUCCGGAAGUCCGUUUGACUUCUGAAAUGUUCGAAAACAAAGGCGCAGCUUCUGCUUGGUGCAGGCGCCCCGGAAACAAUAGCUGACAGCCGCAUCGGAUGUUCGGCUUCUGAAAAAUGUUCGAAAACUGGAACACUUACUUCCAGGUUUUCAGCAUUUGAGAACCAAGGCGUUUGAGAACCAAGAUACCACUGUAGUCAGAAAAGGGGGCUGGGUGGGUGGGGGUCAGGAACAUAACCCCCAUGCAAAACAGUUAUUGCCUUAUCACAUCACAAUUGGCAGGUCUGAGGCACACCAACAAGGAUCCCUGAAUCCCCAUACACCUUUCCCCUCAGCUGAGGAAAAUACAUGGGCAGAACUUGAGGUGUAGGAUUCCACAAAAGUGGCUGCUGGGCUUAUAGGUCUAUAACUGGCUAGUGCUCCAGAACUGAUCUCUGGGCAGAAAAUUGCUCAUGGCUGUGUAGGCAGCAGCAAGGGAGAACAUAUUUCUAUUCUGAGCAGGUGGCGUUGCCACUUUUGGCACCAUCUCAAUAAGUGUCGCUCCACUUCCUCCUCCCUGUCGCCUGGGAGUCAAGUGUGUAGAGUUUGUGCUCCUGCUUCUUGUAUCUCAAGCUUGUCUCCUCAGUUUUGAGCAUUCACUCUCUGUCUUCGGGCUGUAAGUGCUUAGAGGAAAACUCAGCGUUCCAGUUUUGAGACUGUUUUUGUCUGUUGUGGGAGAUGGAGGCCUUGAGGCUGGGUCUUGCAUGUGGCAUCUGGAAGACCUUCAGAAGCACUCUGAGCAUUUCCAAAGUUCAGCACAACAGUGGCACAAGCCCCCUGUGUUCCUUCCCGGCUCCAAGCUGGGAUGGGAAUGCUGGUCCUUUUGUACUGUACUUCAGAGAGGAUACCUGAAUGUUUUCUUCUGCAUGGCAAAUAACAUCUUUCAGUGGUGGUGGAUGAUCUAGAUUGGGGAAGGUGUCUUUCAGAAACACUCCCUGGUGCAGCCCCGAUUUUACUGAGAUGCCCUGUGUUUGUUUCUAACUUUUUUUUGUGGGAACACCAGGAGGUCCAGUCCCCAGUCUUCUACGAUCUCAUCUAGUUUGCUCCCAAGCCUGCUCCUUCUUGGACCAUGUUUUAUGUCCCAGACUGAUACUUUGGGGACAGACUGGAUGAAGAGCUAAUUACAGAAACAGUCUACAUUGAGUUAUGUGCCCCGGUGUGUACAGUCUGAUCUUAUGAUUGCUUACUCAAGUUGCCCAUUGAUUUUAACGGGACUUACAGGUAAAAGUGUUUAGAAUGGCAACCUGGGAUUAAAACUGAGGCUAUUUACUUUGCUGUCAGGCUCCAUGUUCCUUACGUGUCAAAUGUGGCUGUUAAUUAGUUACCUUUGACCAGUUAUUUGUGCAGGAAUCUCCAUGCAUUUUAUGGGGGUUAGAGACUUCUGGUCAUCUAUAGGUAAUUGUGACUGAUGCUGCCCUUCUGAGCUACUGUUUUGUGCUUGGCUCCUUCUGAUGUGAGCUACAAUCAAGGGGUUUGCAUCUGUGAGCUUGUUAUUCUCCUUUUUGACUUGUUCACAUGCAGGUUUGAGCAUUUAUGCCCUAACUCUAAGUCAUGGGUAGGCAAACUAAGGCCCGGGGGUCAGAUCUGGCCCAGUCGCCUUCUCAAUCCGGCCCGCAGAUGGUCCGGGAAUCAGCGUGUUUUUACAUGAGUAGAAUGUAAAACACAUCUCUGGGUUAUUUGUGGGGCAUAGGAAUUCGCUCAUUCUCCCCCCCAAAAUAUAGUCCGGCCUCCCACAAGGUCUGAGGGACAGUGGACCGGCCCCCUGCUGAAAAAGUUCGCUGACCCCUGAUCUAAGUGCUUGGAAAGAGUUUCAAUGAGUAAGUUUGGUAAUUGCUUUCAGUUAACAGGAGGGAUUGAACAGAGUUAUUUUCAUUUCGACUGGCCAGGCAGAAUCUGUUCUUGCCCCCAGCCCCUUCCCCUUGGAUUCUCAGUUGCUGUUGUCUUAAGCAGAACAGUAGAUCAUGCAAACCUUAAGUCUGCCCAUUUCUAUCUUAGGUAAGACUCGGCUGUCACAUCUGUAGUAUGGAGUUAAUGGAGUGACCGGCCCGACAGCAUUGUUGAAAUGAUUACUGCCAUAAUGUACAUGCCAUUUGAACACUUGAAAGAAACUACAUGCAUUUUAAAUGUUGUUGGUCUUGGAUAUCUCCAAAACAAGAGUAUCUCCUCUUCCUAUUUUUGUCUUGCAACGUUUGCCUUGCAGUUCUGUGUGUCAGACCUUGGUAUAGUUUUGUAUGACGUCUCCCAUUCUCACCCCCCCAUUGUGUCACACCAUGGUUUGGCUCUCAUAGAUUAAAUUGUGGAGAGUUUAAUGCUUGAGAUUAUCCCACUGGAUAACUGAGGUCAGGUAGACAACCUGUUUUUCUGGUGGGAAAGUGGCAGUUGCAGAGACACCCUGAGUCCACCUGCCUUCCGUGGAUCGAGACCUGUGGCUUCUGGCUCCACAGUAUCAUUGGAGUUUGAGAAUUGUAUGUGCCUGUGUUCCUUGAGAUGUGGUCCUGCCUUGGCUCCCCUUAGCCUCUUCUACCCUGUGCUUGAACAUCUUUUCCAGGGUGUGGUUUUCUCCCCCAGUCCAUUGUGAGUUUUGACUAAGGUAGUUUCUCCUCCUUUUUCCUAGGGUGUCAGGCAUCGGUUCAAAGGCAGCAUUAACGCUAUCAGAGUCAGAGCACCACAGAUUGGAGGUAAGGGAAGUGACCUGACCCUUGGGCUGGCUGGUGGGGAUGUGGGCAGUGUUGUAAAUAAAAAGAUGGAUCAGACAGGUUGUGGGGUGAGGUGGAUCAGGAUUUGGUUUAUUUUAAAGGAGAACCAGCAGUGCUGUAUUGUGGAUAAAAGUGUCAGACCACGGUUCAAAUCCCCUGUCAGCCUUGAAGCUCACUGGAUGCGACCUUGGACCAGUCACUGUCUCUCAACCUACCUCACAAGGUCGUUGUGACCGUAAAAUGUGUGGAGUGGGGCAUCCCAGGGGGAAGUUUCAGGAAAAGUGUGAUAUAGAUCAAAUAUUAUAACUGCUGGCCAAGUGAGGCAGGAAUUAAAGAGAAGAAUGUGUAGAGUAUGAUGUGCUGGCUUGGAGGCUGUUUUGUCAUAUUGAGUUAGUUGUAUAGCCCAGUCCCAAAGCUGACAGUUAAAUCUCAUAUUGGUUUGGUCAAAAGCAAGGCCAUAUGUAUUCAGUGAGGCUUACUUUUAGGUAAGUGUGCUUGGGAUUGUAGCCUUAGAGUAAGUGACUCAAUAAAUGAAUCCUAGUGAAACAGAAUGACAUUUCACCAUUAUAAACCUCAACUUAAAUCCCCACUUUUCUGGCUCAACCUACAGCUGGAAAAGGCAGGGGCCCCCCCAGUAGUUAUUGAGGUGGUUCUGAAGUGGCCUCAGGGUUCAACUUGGGCAAGUCCUACAGCAGGAGGUGGAGCCAUUCUUUUCUUGAGAGAAGGGAGGCGUCCACUAAGAAUGCCUCUCUUCACACCCUUCCUCUCUGAACGUGACACAGAGAUGGUACCAUCAGUGAUCUUACCACCUGUGUGAUUCUGCUUGCGCAGAACUCCAAGUGCCUGGCAAACGAGCCAUGAGUCAGUGUUUUACAAAAUCAAAACAAAAAAUUGUUUCUGCCUUUCACAGUCCUUGGAGAUAAGUUUAACAAUCUGUUCGUGGGGAGAAUAUAACUUGUGUGUCCUGGAGUGGCUGUUGGCCCUUCUUCAGGAGCUCCAAGCCUGUCACUCUCCCCAUCGAUCCCUGGUGCUCCCACCGACCCCGUAAGGCUGCCUGGUUCUUUGCCAGCGUGUUGUCAGAGUUCCACCCUGUCUCAGCCCAAUUCAGCACGUGUGCAGGGCACAUUGUGUAAGCCAAGCAUUUGGCUUUGCUUGGCAUGGAAUUCUAAUACCUUUUGGUGCCAGUUACAAAUGAACAUCCCUGAGUCCAGCUGGUGUCUCCACAUGCUCUCCUUGUGUUCCUCCUCGCAGGCAGCUUUGCCGUGUGGGGCGGGCUCUUCUCCACCAUUGACUGCGGCCUAGUGAAGAUGCGGGGCAAGGAGGAUCCCUGGAACUCCAUCACAAGCGGGGCGCUCACGGGAGCUGUGUUAGCAUCACGCAGUAAGUGGUGGCCAGUGAUCCUAUAACCGCAGCGCCUUCCCCUUAACCUCCUGUGGCUGAACGCUGAGCCAGGGCACUGGGACUGAGAGUUCUUUCCCCUUAGGUGGGCCCUUGGCCAUGGUCGGCUCGGCUAUGAUGGGAGGCAUCUUGCUUGCCCUGAUAGAAGGUGUCGGGAUUUUGCUGACGAGGUACACGGCUCAGCAGUUCCAGAACCGUAAGUUCCAACAUGGCGGCAAGAAACAGAACUCGGGAUUUCCCCAGAACGAUGGAUUUGGACUAGGAACCGAAGGACCUCUCUGCGCUUUGGUUUCGUCCCCAUAGCCUACCCAGGGUUCCACUGAACAAUCACACCUGCACUCUAAGAGAAAACAGCUCCCCAACCAGGCUUCCUUGUGGUUAAAGGAAUGGGAUUACAGUGGUACCUCUGGUUACGUACUUAAUUUGUUCCGGAGGUCCGUUCUUAACCUGAAACUGUUCUUAACCUGAAGCUAAUUGGGCCUCCCGCUGCUGCCACGCUGCCGCCCUGCGAUUUCUGUUCACAUCCUGAAGCAAAGUUCUUAACCUGAGGUACUAUUUCUGGGUUAGCGGAGUCUGUAACCUGAAGCAUAUGUAACCCGAGGUACCACUGUAUAUAGUUUGGGACAGGCUGAGUUCUCAGUCACUUGCAGCUCUGUUCUGUGGGACACAGUAAACCAGGUGAAUUCUGGAACCCAUUCGGGAGAAGGCAAAAGCCUGGUGUCAUCUGUGUGGGAGAGAGAGCAUGUAGAGCACAUCCUCCCCCCGCCCCCCGGAUGAGCGGCUGCCACUCUCUCAUGCAGACGUGGGUGUGUGGGGAGGGAAGUGACAGGCAGCGUUGCUGUGGGGGCAAAGUUUGCCUCCAGCCCUGACAGUGCCUGGCUUGGUCUCCCCUGACACCAGGGUGGUGUUACAGUACACGCGAGUGCUUGUCGUUCCACCGCCCCCUUGGCAAAAUACAGAGCCUUCUGCCACUCCACUUGCUGCGAUUGGCAUUUUGCUGCUCCUUCUAUAAAUGCUUGCAGAAGUUGCACUCCUUUCCCACGGUGUCUGACACCCUCCCUUGUCCCUUUUACAGGUGUAAAUUCUAACCUGUUCUGCAUUUUCUUGCCGCAGGAGUUGGGUUUUACUUUUCACUUUUUUGUUAAUGAGUCACCCUCGCCCACAUCUCUCCUCCCGAUUGCACCUCGGCCGCCUCCAUUGAUUUCUAUCCCCAAAGAUAGUGGCCCUUGGCUGCGCAAAACAUGAAUCAUUGCACGCACAUCUCUUCCCUGCUGCUAACUGUCCCUUCUUGUCUUCACUUCUCAGCCAACCCCUUUGGAGAAGAUCCCAGCCAGCUGCCUCCUAAGGAUGGCUCGCCACCUCCAGGGUAUCCAGGAUAUGGACAUUAUCAAUGAAACUGUUUGGGUCCAAGGAGAUGUCUAUUUUUGUAGGACUGGAGCAGGAAUUUCCCCAUUGAAGCUACUGAAGACGUUCACACGGCAGCACUCAAACCCCCCACAAACCCCAGCAUUCAAGGAAUGCCAUUCCAAGAGUUUUCUUUGGGAAGGAGGGAGUGAGGGAAAGGGGUCAGGGGCUUAAGCGACAUUUGAACCAUGUAAUAUCUACCUCUCUGGUGGGCUUUUGUGUUGAUGGCACGAUGAGCCCCAGGAAGCCUUCCAUGUGUGCUGGGGGAGCCAGAGCCUGUGCUGGGUGAUCAGCUAACAUGAAUCCUGAGACAACGUUUCUUAGCUCUGUAGCUUCUGGAUGUGUCUAUAAACAAUUAAAUGGUCAUGACAAAGGACUUUAGAAAGGCUGUCUCUCCCUGGCUUUUGAGCGGUGGGGCUUCUCCUGCUUUCUCCGUAGUCGGAGAACCUGUCCCAGGUUAGCUUGCAAAAAAACUGUCGGCAGAGCAGUGUGGGCCUUGUUCUACCAGGUAUUGUGUGCAGUUAACGGGGUGCGAUGGUAGCAAGGAAAAGCUGAGCCCAUGUAUCAAGAGCCACGGCUCCCGAAAUAAGACUCCCUCUUCUACACCAGGGGCUCAGUUAAUCCCUCUGUUUUUGCUGCCUGCUUGAGGCUGCAGAAACAGUGGGGUUGUCAAAAGGCAUAGCAGGCUGCAGGAAUAACAUGGUUGGUGGUGGACAGCAUUCAGCGUAGUGGAUCAGUUGCGCUGGCCUGGCCUGGCCUUGAGCCGAGUUUUAUCCCCAAUAAUGUGAUGCACCGUAUCGAACGAGGACAGGUUGGAGGGCCAAAGAGGGUUGCAGAGCUUCUGAUCUGCCUGCAGUUUCCACCCAGCAUAAAGAAACAACCCUUUUAAUUGUGGGAUGCAGAAGGAUCUGAGGCUCUGCUGGGAUCCAGGUUGAUAUAAUCCUCCACAUCUGAGCCAAACAUUUCUGAUCCUUGAAAAUGAAUGGUGAUUGCCAUUUUAUAUGUUUUUAAUGCUGGCUCCAUGGACUUCCAUUUUUAUACAAAAGCCUACUAACAUGUUGGGAAAAACCCUAUUUUAUAUAUAUAUAUAUAUAUCAAUGAUUUGCUAUGAUGCUCAUUAAAAGUGAGUGCAUCUUUACAUAUAAAACCAGACACACUUUUUGGACUGCAAAUCCCCUUCUCUUUGGCUUCCUUGUGUUUUAAGAUCUUUUCAAAGAUAAAUGGUAUGUAUUAUCUAUUACAGGUGUAAAUACAAACUGGCU